GUCUUCAGUGUCAGCGAGGCUAGUUGAGCGGAAGAGGACACCAGUGGAGGGCAUUACAUGUAACUCCAAAUCAAUAAACUCCCGUUAUCUUCAAGAAAUUGUCGUCAGCUUAUCGGAAAUGUUUUCUCUUUCUACUUCCCUUCAGCCACAGGUAACGGUCCAGCUGAGUCACCUCAUCAAUGCCCUGAACUCUCUUAAGGGUUCAGUGAGCAGCAAUACUUCAGUCAAUCACAAACUCAGAGAGAACGCAUCAGAACAAGAUCUAAACGGCACAGAGUCAUCCCUGACCCUCCGGGAUUUAGGAUUGACAGAUCUUGGGGUAAGCCAGCUAAAUGAGCUGGUGCAGAAGCUUCUGCCCUGUGUUGCUCAGCAGGAGUCGCUCUCGCAUACGAGGACUGUACCAAAUAUCUGGAGGACUUCCCAUCUUUCCUCGGAUUCGUUCUUUCACAACAAACAUGGGUUUUCAAGAAUGGGCGGUGUUACCCCUGUGUUCUCUAAGCAGAACAAGUCACCUCUCCAAACACUAUGUACAGAUCUCAAAUAUUUGCCAUUGUUGGUUCCAAAUCGUGGCUUUAAAACUCUGAAGUCCAGAACACGCCGUCUACAAGGAUUUGACAGUUCAGCAGAGCCUGAGGGAUUUACACCAUCGUUUAUGAAGGGUUUCCUUACACGAGACAAAGGGCAAGAUGUUGAAACUCUGGACAAGCUCCUUCAGAGCAAAAACAUUCCUGAUGGUCAGCAUGAUGCUUUUAAGACUGGUUUUGCAGAGGGAUUCCUCAAAGCACAGGCCCUUACACAGAGAACCCAAGAAUCGUUAAGGAGGACGCGACUUAUACUAUUGGUUCUUUUACUUGUCGGCUUAUAUGGGCUCUCAAAAACCCCUUUCUUAUCAGUGCGAUUCCGAACCACAUCAGGCCUGGACUCAGCAGUGGACCCUGUCCAGAUGAAGAAUGUCACCUUCGAGCAUGUAAAGGGUGUGGAGGAAGCCAAGAAUGAGCUGCAGGAAGUUGUGGAGUUCCUUCGAAACCCACAGAAGUUCACGGCUUUGGGAGGAAAGCUGCCUAAAGGAAUUUUGUUAGUUGGGCCUCCAGGUACAGGAAAGACCCUGUUGGCCCGUGCUGUGGCAGGUGAGGCAGAUGUGCCAUUCUACUACGCUUCUGGCUCAGAGUUCGAUGAGAUGUUUGUUGGUGUUGGUGCCAGUCGAAUCAGAAACCUUUUCAGGGAAGCUAAAGCCAAUGCUCCUUGCGUUAUCUUCAUUGAUGAACUGGAUAGUGUUGGAGGAAAGAGGAUCGAGUCCCCCAUGCACCCCUAUUCUAGACAGACAAUCAAUCAGCUUCUUGCUGAGAUGGAUGGGUUUAAGCCAAAUGAAGGUGUCAUCAUUAUUGGAGCAACAAACUUCCCCGAAGCUUUGGACAAUGCUCUGAUCCGACCAGGCCGUUUUGAUAUGCAGGUCACUGUCCCUAGACCGGAUGUGAAGGGCCGCACUGAAAUCCUCAAGUGGUACCUUAAAAAAAUUAAAGUAGACAGUGCUGUGGAGGCAGAGGUCAUUGCCAGAGGAACAGUGGGGUUCUCUGGAGCCGAGCUGGAGAAUCUAGUUAAUCAGGCUGCAUUAAAGGCAGCUGUCGAUGGCAAAGACAUGGUGACCAUGAAGGAGUUGGAGUUUGCUAAGGACAAAAUACUUAUGGGGCCAGAACGCAGGAGUGCAGAGAUUGACAAGAAGAAUAAAGAGAUUACAGCAUACCAUGAGUCAGGCCAUGCUAUUAUUGCAUACUACACCAAAGAUGCCAUGCCCAUAAAUAAAGCCACUAUUAUGCCGAGAGGCCCCACUUUGGGUCAUGUGUCCAUGCUCCCAGAGAAUGACCGCUGGAGUGAAACUCGUUCUCAACUUCUGGCCCAGAUGGACGUCAGCAUGGGCGGCCGAGUGGCUGAGGAGCUCAUCUUUGGCAGUGAGAAUAUCACCACUGGAGCAUCAAGUGAUUUUGACAGCGCUACAAAAAUAGCCAAAAUGAUGGUGACCAGAUUUGGCAUGAGUGAAAAGUUGGGUGUCAUGACAUAUGCUGACCUCACCAAGCAGAGCCCAGAAACCCAGGCAGCCAUUGAACAUGAAGUCAGGACACUUCUGAGGGAUUCCUACGAGCGUGCUAAAGCGCUCUUGAAGUCUCGUUCUAAGGAACACAAAAAUCUUGCAGAAGCUUUACUUCGAUAUGAGACGUUGGAUGCCAAAGAGAUCCAGCUGGUCUUAGAGGGAAAGACAUUAAGCAGCAGAUGAGGGCUCACCGGGAUCUUCAGUUAACAGGAAAAGGACAAUGGAACCCUUAAUACAUGAAUGUACAUAUGCAACCGAGAGCUUGGUAGGCCAACACUCCCCAUUAGUAAAGAUUUUUUUUUUUUCCUGAGCCAGAUCUCUAAACAAACAAACAAACAAAAAAACGAAUUAGUUUUACAUGCUUGGGAUUUUCUUCCAAAGAAACUGUCAGUGUGAGAAUUAAACACAUUUAGUAUCUAUUUCAGUGUUUUUUCUGUCCCAUUGACUGUAGGUGCUGCCUUAUUUGUAGUGGAGCAGAUGCUGAAUUUGAAUAAAUCAUUAAGCUGUAAGCAACAGUCCAGUUUACUAUGAAGUUAGGAAGAAAUGCGCUGUUCACUGUUUCUGACACGGUUGUCUAAGCCAGGCUAAGCAUAUGUCGACUGGUGGCCUUUGAGAAAUGGAAGGGAAUGUAUUUUUAAGGGAGUGGAAUGUUUCAAAGCACUUUGGUACCGGGACAUUUAUAUUAUUUGUGUGAUGCAUAUAAUAUUAUCUGCUUGUGAACAAUGCUGCUUCAAAAUACCUUCAUAGUCACAGUAAGUUAAUACACCAGAACCCAGAAUGCUGUUGCAUAAACCUUCUGAUAAGAAAUUCCAAGUGGCCCAGUAAUAGGUAAACUUGUGUAGUUUGAGCGUUGUUUCACACGACUACUUUUAUGCCAUUAUACUAUCCAGAAUACUACGUGUUCCAUGUUGUAGGUUUAAAUGCUCUCUCGCAUCACUUUGAUCAUACGUGGCAACCAUGAAACAAAGGGAGAUGUGGUAUUCAUUUAAAUUUGAUAUUAGAUCUGCACUUCUCGGCUUCCAGCGGUUAUCACACUCGGGUUUAUUCAGCUUUAUUCUACAUAUUAUUUAUUCAUGUACAGUAGCUCUACAUCUAUGAGUUUACCUUGCCUCCAUGUAUGUUUGCCUUUUACCCAAGCUCGUUUUAGUUGUGUGUAUAUACAGUGUAUAUUUAUAAUGAAUAAAACUAAAAACAAGGACAUUGUAUCAUUGUAUAUAAGUAUAUUAGAUUGAUUUUAGUUUGCUUGGUUUGUAAUUCAAAAUGAUUUUUCCUUUGAAGCUGUUGCACAUUACGUAAUGAAUGGGAGCUUAAAUGAAUAAAGAAAACCUAAUUGUC